AUAAAGUCCAGUUCUGUUUGGUCUUUCUUUAACUUCAUUGGUUUUUUCUUUCUAUUUUUCCUAUCUCGCUCCAGAAUGAACAAUCGUGAGUUCUGUAGUAGCUUAAGUUUAUUUGUUUAUGUCACUCUCUUGCUUAUUUCAAAACCGAAAGGCUUAUUUGCAACAAGCAUAACUCCAACUUCAACAAGUCCUAUGAUAUUGUCUCUUUCUAACUCUGUUCCUAAGAUAAAAUAUGAUGUUUUUAUUAGCUUCCAUGGUAGUGACACCCGCAAAAAUUUCCUCAGCCAUGUCCUUAAGGCUUUGUCACGAAAACAAAUUGCAGUCUUUUCGGACAAGAAGCUUGAAGAAGGAGAUGAUCUAUCAACUCUUUUUGGAGCAAUUGAAAGUUCAUUAAUUUCAUUGGUCAUAUUCUCCCCAUACUUUGCAUCUUCACAUUGGUGUUUGGAUGAGGUUGUGAAAAUACUUGAGUGCAAAGCAAAAUAUGGUAGGAUUCUAAUGCCAAUUUUCUACCAAGUGGACCCCAUAGUUGUGAGCAAUCAAAAUGGGACUUAUGGUGAUGCUUUGGCUGAACAUGAAAAAAAUUAUGAUUUCAACAGGGUGCAAAGCUGGAGAUCUGCUUUGAAGCAAUCUGCUGAGAUUUUAGGAUUUGAUUCAUCAGUUUUCCCGGAUGAUGCUAAGCUUGUUGAAGAAAUACUUAAGAGUGUGUUGAUGAAGUUGAAUCAAGUGGACCAAGUUAAGCCAAAAGGACUUGUAGGAAUUGAAAAGCAAAUUUCACCUAUAAAAUCAUUGUUACAUUUAGAGUCAGAAGAAGUUCUUGUUCUUGGAAUUUGGGGUAUGCCUGGUAUAGGUAAAACAACUAUUGGUGAAGAAGUAUUUCGUAGACUUCAUUCUGAAUACGAAAGUUGUUAUUUUAUGGCUAAUGUAAGAGAAGAAUUAGAAAGACAUGGCACAAAUAUUUUCAGGUUAAAGAAAAAGCUUUUAUCCACUCUAUUAGACGAAGAAAACUUUAAAGAUGACAUGAUAAAUGGAUUAUCUCCUUUGGUUAAGAAAAGGCUUAGCCGCAUGAAGGUUCUUAUUGUUCUUGAUGAUGUCAAAGAUGCUAAGCAACUAGAAGUUUUGGUUGAAAUAGUUAAUUCGUUAGGACCAGGAAGUAGAAUCAUCAUAACUACUAGAGAUAAGCAAGUACUUGCUGGAAAAGUUGAUGACAUAUACGAGGUUGAGCCAUUGGACUCUGAUGAAUCUUUCGAGCUUUUCAAUUCGCAUGCCUUUAAAAAACUAGAGCAUCUUGAAAUGAAGUACUAUAAUCUAUCAAAGAAGAUGGUAGAUUAUGCCAAAGGAAUUCCAUUAGUUAUUAAAGCUUUAGCUAACCACCUUUGUGGAAAAGAUAAGGCUAUAUGGGAAAGCCAGGCAAGGAGUCUGAAAAGAGAGCAGAUUAAAACAGUCAAUGAUGUUAUUAGAUUGAUUUACAAUGAUCUUGACUAUUAUGAAAAGAAUAUAUUCUUGGAUAUUGCCUGCUUUUUUGACGGAUUGAAUUUUAAAGUUGACCUCAUAAAACUUCUAUUGAAAGAUCCUUAUUGUUCAGUGGGAUUUAGAUUAGACAGGCUAAAAGAUAAAGCUCUUGUAACUAUUGAUCAACAAAAUGUUGUGUCAAUGCAUGACAUUAUACAAGAAACAGCUCGGGAGAUUGUUCACCGGCAAUCUGUUGAAGAACCUGGAAGAUGGACCAGACUAUUGGAUCCUCGUGACAUUAAUCAAGUAUUGAAAGAUGACAAGGGAAGUGAGACCAUAAGAAGUAUGGCCAUUGAACUGUCUGAAAUGAAGGAGCUGCAAUUAAGCCCUCAAGUAUUUGCCAAGAUGAGCAAAAUGAAAUUUUUGGAUAUUUAUACUAAGGGGUCUCAUAAUCAAAGGAGUUUGUCUCUUCCUAAAGGACUUGAAUUCUUACCUGAUGAACUGAGAUAUCUUCGUUGGGAGUAUUACCCUUUGGAAUCCUUGCCGUCCAAGUUUUCUGCAGAAAACCUUGUCAUAUUGAACUUGCAUAAUAGCCAGCUUAAAAAACUUUGGCAUGGAGUGAAGGAUCUUAUGAAUUUGAAUGUCCUUACACUUCAUUCAUCCACACUCCUAACAGAGCUCCCAGACUUCUCAAAGGCCACAAGUCUUACAGUAAUAGACCUCCGUUUCUGUGUAGGGUUGACUAGUGUCCAUCCAUCUGUUUUCUCUCUCAAAAAGCUUAAGAAACUGGAUCUGACGGGAUGCAUUUCCCUUACAAGCCUUCAAAGCAAUAAUACCCAUUUAAGCUCCCUUAGUUCUCUAUCCCUCUACAACUGCACAAAACUGAAGGAAUUCUCAUUGACCUCAAAGAAUAUGAAACAAUUGAAUUUAGAACAUACGGGUAUCAAACAACUACCUUCAUCAAUUGGACUUCAACACAAACUUGAAAAGUUACAUCUAGGACACACUCACAUUGAGACCUUGCCUAAAAGCAUCAAGAAUCUUACAAUGCUGAGACAUCUAGACUUGCAUCAUUGCAGGGAGCUUCAAUCUCUACCAGAACUUCCUCCGUCGAUAGAAACACUAGAUGUUGGUGGGUGUGUAUCACUAGAGAAUGUAACGUUCCGUUCAACAGCUAGUGAACAACUUAAGGAAAAGAAGAAAAGGGUCACAUUCUGGAAUUGCCUUAAGUUAAAUGAGCCUUCUCUCAAGGCUAUUGAGUUGAAUGCACAGAUUAAUAUGAUGAACUUUUCACACCAACAUAUAUCCACAUGUGAUGGUGAUCAUGAUCACGAACACGAUCGCAAUCAAAACAUGUACGUCUAUCCAGGUAGCGAAAUCCCAAAGUGGAUGAAAUACAGUACAACUACGCAUGACAACAUUACUAUUGAUCUUUCUUAUCUUUCUUCUGAUCCUUAUUUCUCUCAAUUGGGCUUCAUUUUUGGCUUCAUCAUUCCAACCAUCUCAAUAGAGGGUUUGACUCUGAAAUUCAAAAUCAGUGAUGGUGAAAGUGAAACUAUCAACGUGUACUUGGACAGACCAUAUCAAGGAAUUGAAUCAGAUCAUGUGUAUCUAAUGUAUGACCCGAGAUGUUCGCAUUACCUAGCUAGCCGAGUCAAUGAUCAGUCAAAGAUUACAAUUAAGGUUAGCGCAGCAUCAAGAACACUGACAUCAGAGUACAUGCCAGUGCAAUUAAGAGGGUUUGGGGUUAGCCUUGUAACCCCUUCAAAAUAUGACAAGUUUAAACAUCAAUUGGAAUUGGAUGAUGGUAGCGUUAUUCCAAAUAAUAUGUGUUCAGUUGAAGAAGGAUGAAAUUUUCCAGGAAUUCAAAAUGCUAAAUAGUUCAGUUAUUUCAAUUGCUUGUUUUAAUUUGUUAAGGUAAAUUUGAGCAUGAAAUCAGAGGGUUUAUGAGUGUUUAAUUAACUUGUUUUCAAUCCUUAGUGUUUUGUUUCAGAGUUUACAAAAAAAUUUAGAGAAGCCUGAUUAAGUAUACAUACAUUUGGAUAUAUAUAAUUACUGUGUGCUAGUGGUUCUGAAAAGAAAUUUAUACCCA